CCCGCUACGUCACGGUUUAAAACGAAAUGCGGUUCGUAGUUUCAUCCAUUCGCCCGACUCGCCGUCACAGUCGUACCAUCGGUCGCCGCGAGAGGUCUUCUUCGGUCCUAACAGAGUUUACGAGAUCUGCGGGCGGUAGUUCGACCCUAUUUAGUCGAACACUCGAAAGGGAGCGUGGCAGCACCGGUAUCGAUCUGAGCGCUUCUCGUGGCCGCUCGUGCACGAGGCUCUCUCGGGAUAUUCGGCUAGCUAUCGCCGUCGGCGCCGGCCUUACCGCGGUGUUUACGCGCCGCCUCUACCCGUUUCAUUCGCGUGAUGCUACUCGUUCGAGUUAAUUGAUAGCGCGUCGCACGCACCUGCAACUAGACGACUGACGGCUACGACUGCUCUACUCGCGCCAACUUCAUCGAUUCACACCAACAAAAACUUUCAAAGACAAAAUGGGCUGCUUCGUUAGUAAAGAUAAACUCACCAAAGAGGAUAUGGAUUUCCUCAAGACGCAUACGUCUUAUGACGAGACAACCAUCAAAGAAUGGUACAAGGGUUUUAAGCAAGAUUGCCCUAACGGGCGUUUGACGCCGGCAAAGUUCGUGGACAUGUACAAGAUGUUCUUCCCAUCCGGCAACGCCGUCGAGUUUUGCGACCAUGUCUUCCGCACCUUCGACAUGGAUAGGAAUGGAUACAUUGACUUCAAGGAAUUCCUACAGGCGAUCCACGUCACAUCCAGCGGCACACCCGAGGAAAAACUCAAGUGGGCUUUCCGCAUGUAUGAUGUCGACGGCAACGGAGUGAUUGACAUCCAAGAAAUGACUAAGAUCGUCCAGGCGAUCUACGAUAUGCUCGGCGCUUGCUCCAGCAACAGGCCGGCCGAUUCCGCUGAGGAGCGUGCUAAGAACAUCUUCGCGAAAAUGGACGAGAACAACGACGGCCAGCUCACUCAGGAGGAGUUUCUCAAGGGGUGUCUCCAGGACGAGGAGCUGUCAAAGAUGCUUGCGCCCUAAGCUGGUGCUGCAACAUUAUAGCCGCAGUCCGGUCGCACAAAAACACUUUUUCUUUGUACUUAGGCGAUAACCCGACGGCGAUCACUAGUUCACCUUUCUAAUUUCAGGCUGUUGUCGUCAUUCUGUUAUACUAUGUUACGAUUGUAAAUAUUUUUUUACUUUUUAAGUCAAAAUUAAUGUGUUAGUGAAACAACAUCAACAACAAAUGAAAGUCAAAAUAUAAUGACCCAUUCUAUAGACGCUUUUGAAUCGGAUAUGUUAAUAUAGUUUACAUAGGAAUAGUAGUCCUUGUUGGUAGAAAGUACAUAAAUUGGAAAUUUCAUAUAAAUUAUGUUGAAGAAAUGUCUUAGAAUUUUUAAUCGAUGUAGAAGUUUUACUUGUGCCAUACCUAUUAUGUCGUAAACUGUCGAAAUAAACCGUCUUAUUUAGUAUCGCCGUCGGAUUAUUCACAUCGGGAUCUCAUUAUAGUAACCGAAACGUAAAUACUUUUUAUUUUGUAUUACGUCACCGGACUGUUUUAUCGGGAUAAAUGUAUUCUAUGUCUUAUGAACCUUUAUUGUGCUGCACAUUUGUCAAUCUUAAUUUAUUGUAAGGAAACAAUUAGUGUAUGUGUAAGGGGAGCUGAUCAGAUUGUAUUUAGAUGAUUGACAACUUAUGCUAGUUUCACACGAGGGCAUCAUAAUGAGACAGUUUAGUGCACAGUGCAGUACUGCUAUUAUUUGAAUGAGCACUUAUGCUUGUGUUACACGAAACGAAACGAAUUCAACAGUCAGAAUAGUCAAAACUAUACUGUUCUAUUUUCCAGUGUGCGUUCAAGUAAUAGCAGUACAUCAUUGCCGUAUUGUUAACUAUCUAACUGUGCUGCUCUCGUGUAAAAAUAAUACUAUGACGGAUGCACUCCAACUUGCCGUUUACAAUCUGACCACCUCCGUUGAUGGUUAAGUCGAAUUAUGUAACUUUAACCAAAAACUUAUUUAAUAUUAAGGAGCGUAAAUAUAAUGUUGACGUCAAUAUUGGUGUAUAUUCAGGUUAAUUAUUGGUGUCUUCUCAUCUAUUCGCGAAAUUUUAUCCAUCUUGUAUGGGUUAAGUUGUAAACUAUGACCCUUUAGAUUAAGCAUUUUUCAGUAUAAUUUAAUGCUUUACCAAAUGACAUGUCGUAUUAUAAUGCUUCGAGAUAUUUUGAAUUUAAAACUCUUGAUGGAUUUAAGAUUUUUUCAACGUGUCUAUGACGAACUUCCCUUCUUUUCUGCCUAUCCACUACUGUGCCUUCUAGUUCUCUGUACAAAUAGGUUAUUUUUUACUUUAUUUAUUUUAAAUAUUAAGCCUUCCUAUAUUUUCGAUCA